AUGAAGACGUCAUCACCAGCCCUUAAAUAUCUUUUGGAGAAGGAUGUACAGGUGUCAAAACAUUUUGUUAAAACCGUCUCCAACUUGUCUUUCUUUAAAUCUCUGCGGAUACAUAGCAGAUUUUUGGAGAUAUCCUGCGAUGGAAUUGCCUGGUUUGCCUCAUGGAUUGCGUUUAUAUGGUUGCUCAGCUUGAAAAGCUUGUAUCAAAUGCAAGUGAACAUGCUUUUGGGACUAAUACUCGAUGUAUUUAUCGUGGCUGUGUUAAAAGCGAUCGUUCGGCGAAGACGACCGGUUCCCAACAAAGAUAUGUUAACCAUAGGACCCGAUAAGUUUAGUUUUCCUUCGGGCCACACCUCCAGAGCAUUUUUCGUUCUUCUGUUCUUCGCCAAGCUGUAUCCUCUCCAUAUCGUAUUCAUGCUUCCAGUCACAGCUUGGGCUCUAAGUGUCGCUAUCUCAAGACUUAUUUUGCAGCGUCAUUACAUUUUGGAUAUUUGCGCUGGAGCAGUCAUCGGAAUUCUAGAAGCAUUAAUAAUUGGAUUUUUAUGGGUCAGCGAGGAAACUGCAUUUAGUAUCGUUGGUUUUGUCACGGAGGAAACUGUCGACGUUGAGUAAAAAAAUUAAAGUACCAAAAAUUAAAAUAAAAGUCCCAAAAAGCAAUAGAUAAUCUCUUAAUCAUCACUAAUGCUUUUACCAAAUAAAUUGUUAAUGUUUAAUAUUUAAGUUAAUUUGUUAUAAAUAUCGCAGGAUCAAAAGUUGCUGACCGGAUUUAUAGAAGUUUACAAUUCAUAAUUGCCUUUAAUAUGACUUAAAAUAAAUGUUCUUUAAAAAAAUUAUUUAAAGUAACAAAAAAAUAAAUUUAAUAUGAAUUGAACCGAUAGAGGAAAAUCACUUUAAAAAUGUAUAAAUCGAAAUUCUUGUUGUUUGGGAUAACCACAUUUUUGCAGAAAAUAUAUCAAUUCACAUCAAUAUAAAAAAUAAAUUUAAAUUUGUAAAACUU